AUGGCGAGAACGUCAUUCUAUGAAACUCGGGCCAGGGAACUGGGGAUCACGCUACCCACGACUUUGAAUCGUUUAGAAGCCCUCUCGAAUCUUGCUAAACAACUGCACCCAGAUGACUACAAGGUGUACAACUUUCUUGAUACAGUGUUGAACAUGGUCCCAAAUUUGCCGACUCCGCGCCACGGUCGCCUUUCCAGGCACUUACGUCCCGCGCUGACCCCUGCGUCGAUCUCAGAGCUCGUGUUUGAGCGACAAGUUGCCUUUCGAAAGCUACGGCGCGAAACUCAGGACCUCAGUCAGUUUGGUAAAUCUCAAGUUGCAUUGCUUGAGAAUCUCGAAUACCAAUGGGUACAGAUUUCACGAUGCCACCAAAUCGAGCUAGAGCUCAUGACCACAUUGGAGCUGUAUUUUGGAGUCGAGCGACAUCGUUCACACUUCUACAACAUCCGAUUCGCCGUCACUCGCGUUUGUCAUCGACGACUGAAGAUUGCGGCGAAGGCGGUCAAGGAGAAUCCCUGGUUGAAGAUCUAUCUCAGUUGCUUUCUGGCCAAUGUUGUCAAACUUGUCAAGGACAGCAACGCAGAGAAUGGUGCAGCCACACUGACAUCUCAUCAACACUCAAGCGCAAGCGACGGCGACGGCGACGACGACUGUCCCAUUUGCUCGAUAGGUCUCUUCCAGGCCCCUGAGGACUCGGAACUUGUUUCUCCAACUACUCGUCCAGAAAUUAUCAGUUGCCCCCAAUGCCGUCAGUGUAUGCAUGUCAGCUGUUUGGAGACCUGGAUUGAGAAGCAAGAAGGAGAUGAUGCAACUUGUCCCUUGUGUCGCGCAGUUUUCAGCGAUCGUUUUCAGGAUGGGUUGCUCGAUCUCAUGGCGGAUCAGCUCGAGGUUGAAUGCAGACAACUCUGUCGGUUGAUUGAGAUCUGA